UAGCCCGACUGUUGGACAACCCCAACCGCAGCUGUCCAUUUUGACCACAUUUCUCAUAUUUCAAUAUAUCCUGAUACCCAAGAAAUAAAUUUAUCAAACCUCAAAAAGCCGACAUCAUGGGUAUCGUCGCAGAUCUCGUCAUCGUCAUCGCCGUCGUCCUGGCAGUCAUCAUGGCGGCGGAGUCCAACCUCGACAGGUUGACCAUCUUUGACCCGACUCACCUGCACAAUGCAGCACAAAAGGCCAUCGCCGUCCAUGGCAAUGACACUCGAUUGAUAGUUGAUCAUAUCGUCGGAGCAUUGAAGGCCAAUGCCACCCUAGCUCCCUUCUUGAACCUCAAGGAGGAGUGGAUCUUCAACAAUGCCGGCGGUGCCAUGGGUGUCAUGUACAUCAUCCACGCAAGCGUCACCGAAUACCUCAUCAUCUUCGGCACCGCCAUCGGCACCGAGGGCCACACCGGCCGGCACACCGCAGACGACUACUUCAACAUCCUGACCGGCACCCAAUUGGCCUUCACCCCAGGAACCUUCGAGCCGGAGGUCUACGGACCGGGUACCGUGCACCACCUGCGCCGCGGCGACGUCAAACAGUACAAGAUGGAGUCGUCGUGCUUCGCCCUCGAGUACGCGCGCGGCUUCAUCCCGGGCAUGCUGUUCUUCGGCUAUGCCGAUACUUUCUCGAGUACCCUCGAUUUCCCUACCAUUUGGGCGACGACCCGUGUUACAGGACAGCAGAUUAUCAGCAACUUGUUGAAGUUCAAGUAUUGAGCUGGUUUUGGGUUGUGGGCUCUCUGCCUCCCAGGUCAAUGGUCGAGCAGUGAGGUCUUGGGUUAAUGUUCAAUGGGUUCGGAUUGUGGCGUGGUACUCUCACGAUCAAUGCCGUCACCAAAGAUGAAAUUUUUUGAAUAGUUGCAGACUUAUCAGUACUGUUCAAAGGAUAAAA